AUGCCCCCAAAUAUGUGGUCUCCUCACAUUGACUGGACUACAGCCACAGCCUCAGCUCAACUCAGCCUUCUCAACUGUCCCGAUUGUUGGGUCGUCAUGCGAUACCGCCAAGUGACAACCGGCUUUUGUGCGAAUGAUCACUUGGGCUACCUGACGCUCGAAGACGCAGCGUAUUGUGGUGGUCUGCCAGUUGGACAUGGCUCUGAACCGGCUGAUCAUCUGUUUCAGUCUUAUGUUGCGCUGAUGCAGGACGUUGACUUCACGCGAAAGACGCAGAUUCCGAUCGGCCAGUUCGUCUUCUGCUCGUGCGUUCAAUCAAGCCAUCGGAUGGACAAAAGAUGGGAAGAUGCGAGAAUGAACGAAACGAUGAAUAGCAAAAGCAUAGACUACAAAUAG